GCCUCAACAUUUAUCUGGACUGGAAAUGAUUCGCGAUUUGUGUGAUGGGCACCUGGAGGGGGCAGAAAUUGGCUCAACAGAAAUAACGUUUACACCAGAGAAGAUCAGAGGUGGAAUCCACACUGCGGAUACCAAGACAGCAGGGAGUGUGUGCCUCUUGAUGCAGGUUUCAAUGCCCUGUGUUCUGUUCGCUGCUGCUCCAUCGGAACUGCGUUUGAAGGGUGGAACUAAUGCUGAAAUGGCACCGCAGAUCGACUACACGGUGAUGGUCUUCAAGCCAAUCAUUGAAAAAUUUGGUUUCAAUUUUAAUUGUGACAUUAAAAUGAGGGGCUAUUACCCAAAAGGGGGUGGUGAAGUGAUUGUUCGAAUGUCACCAGUUAAACAGUUGACCCCAAUAAAUUUAACUGAUCGUGGCUCUGUGACUAAGAUAUACGGAAGAGCUUUCGUUGCUGGUGUUUUGCCAUUUAAAGUGGCAAAAGAUAUGGCGGCGGCAGCUGUACGAUGCAUCAGGAAGGAGAUCAGGGACCUGUAUGUGAACAUUCAGCCUGUUCAGGAACCCAAGGACCAAGCAUUUGGCAAUGGAAACGGAAUCAUUAUUAUUGCAGAGACAUCCACUGGCUGCUUGUUUGCUGGCUCCUCCCUUGGUAAACGAGGUGUUAAUGCAGACAAGGUUGGAAUUGAAGCUGCCGAAAUGCUGUUAGCAAAUCUUAGACACGGUGGUACUGUGGACGAGUAUCUGCAAGACCAGCUCAUUGUUUUCAUGGCAUUGGCCAAUGGAGUUUCUAGAAUAAAAACAGGACCAGUUACACUACAUACACAAACAGCUAUACAUUUUGCUGAACAACUAGCAAAGGCUAAAUUUAUCGUGAAGAAAUCAGAAGAUGAAGAUGCCUCUAAAGACACUUACAUUAUUGAGUGCCAAGGAAUCGGGAUAACAAAUCCGAAUCUGUAGCGUAUUUACCGCUUAGUCGCACUAAUUUAUUUCCUACAUAGUGUAACACAAUGAAUAAGAAGUAACUUAUUAAAGAACCUGACUAAAUUUACAGUUAAAAUACGAUGUUCUAGAUUUAUAAGGAUGCUGCAUCAGAUUAAUCGUGCUGUGAAUGUCUCCUGCAGUAAGGACAGUAAGAGUCGAUGGGUAUGUGUGACCCCUGAUUUCAUUAUUAAAGUAUUGAAUAAAGUAUUCUUUUUACUUGAA